AUGUGUAGUCCAAUUCUUCAUUUGCCAAGUUACAAAGAACCACCGGAAUUUAUUCCAUGUGUCCCAGUACAGGGUUUAAAAUGUCUUCCUUGUGGUAUUGAUCCUGUGACCAUGCGGAGACCUUUAAUCGUUGGCGACAGUACUUUUGACUACCGGCCCACCAGUUGGCCGGGUAUGGUAGUCAACAAUCAGGACAAGAAAGUCAGAUACCAACUUAUUAAUUAUGAACGUCCAAUGCGGCGGAUGUUCCACGGGAUGCUGUUCACCUUGCUGCCCCCCACCCUGCUGUGGAAGCGGUUCACUUGUCACAGUAUACAGUCAAGUAGCACACAUCCAGUGACGGGCUGCCAUGCGAUACUGGCUGUGGGGCAGCCGCCGAAACCCAUAGCAGCAUUUGACAAGGCGGUCAUAGCAAUUGGACACCAUUAA